AUGCAAGACUCGCUGCUGAACGCAUACAUCUACGAUUUUCUUCGCAAAAAACGGUUGCUGAAGACCGCGCUGGCAUUGGCCGAGGAGUGCGGCAACCUGCCACUUGCUCAGGUCGUGCCCAGUGAUCCGCGCGUGCCUGACGACACACCGGCCGGUGCGGGUGCAGCAAAGGCGAAGGGCAAGGCCGACGGAGACGCAAGGGAUGGCGCCAGUAGUAAAUUCACUCCGCCGGCACAUGACUCAGCGAGUCCGGCCAAGGGCGAUGGAGCGAAUCCCGCAGACCGGCCAAAGGGCAAGCCUGUGCCGGCCGUCAACGUGCCGCUAGACAUGGCCAACACAUUCCUGGGGAAUUGGUUUGAGCUCUUUCAUUGCAUGGCACAGGCCUACUCCGAUCGCCAGCCGGCGGCCAAUGUGCCCGAUCUCAUGCGUACGUACGUGCAGCACCAGCAGAUGCGGAAGGGGCAAAAGCCUGCUGCCACACAGCUGAAUCCGAAUGGCAAGCGCAGCGGCUCACGGGAGAGGGGGUAUCCUGAAGACCCCCUUGUUUGCAGAAGGGCACCCGUCUUGACUGGGGCUCGCUUCUCCCCAACUGUGUACAGUGACGACGCGGAUACAGCUGGAGUUGGUUCAGAGCAGGUGGACGCUGCCACGAAGCGGAUACGGUCAAACAACGGCGAGAGCUCGCCGCAGAGUGCCGCGCUGGUGGCAAAGUACACACCGUUUCCUGAUGGGUCUGAUCACCAGCACCAGCAGCACCAGGAGCAGCAGCAGCAGGCAGCGACAAACGGCGUGCCGACGAUUCCCCACGGCCCUGGCGUCAACAUGCUCCCGCUAGGCGGGCACAUGCUGUCCAACGACUAUACGCAGUAUCUGUCACGCAGCCUGAAGGUUGUCAGCGAGGGCACGCAGGCUGCCGGCACAGCGCACCAGGCACAUAGAAACGAGCAAGGUAAUGUUGGGUCAACCACGUAA